AUGGCUCCAAUUGAUGAUGCGAUUGCAGAUUUAGAGUCGCAAGAACCCGGAGAAAAACUUGUAUUAGCAGAGUUUGCGAGGAAAUGGGGUGUCAGCCGCGCAACUCUAUCGCGGAGGUGGAGGCGCGUGACAGGGCCUAGGAGUAAUGGAUACGCUCAGCAGCAAGCUAUCAGCCCACAACAAGAGCUAGAGCUUGUGAGAUAUAUCAAAACGCUCACAGAGAGAGGCCUUCCUCCCACAAGAGAGAUGAUCAGGAAUUUCUCAUCAGAAGUAGCCCAUCAGCAGCUCAGCGAGAGCUGGGUUACUCGCUUCAUCAACCGACACGAGAUCUAUCUCAUCUUAAAGUGGACCAGCGCCAUGGAUCGUACGCGCCACCUGGCUGAUUCUGAGUCAAAGUAUAGACUCUACUUCGAGCUGCUGCAUCGAAAGAUCACCGAAUACCACCUUGAGGCUCGAGAUAUAUACAAUAUGGAUGAGAAGGGCUUCUUGAUUGGCUUGAUAGGCAGAAGCAAGAGAAUAUUCAGCAGGCGUUAA